UUAUAAACAUGAUUAAAUUUAUUGCCAGAAAAAUUGAGAGAUCUUCCUCCUUAAAAAGAGAUGAACAAAAAAUUGAAGAGGAAUUAUAAUUCGAACACCCUGUUAAUAUUCAAAAACCUUUAACCAUAUCGGAUCAAGAAUACAGCGACGAUUAUUAGUUAUUGAAAUAAAAUCCUCCUGGGGUGAGUUUAAAAUUAAACAUUGGAACACCAAAAAUAGAAACGCCUUCGAAGUUACCCUACGUUUUAGACGAUACUCUUUAAAGGUAAUCCUAAUGUAAUUAAUUACCAGAUAGAAAGGAAGAAUGAAAUUCUAUGAUGAUGCCAAGAAAUAUGGAUUUUUAGUUCUUGAUGAAGAUGGAACAGAUGUAUUCGUUCAUUAUGACGAUCUUUAAGCCGCUGGAAUUACUAUCGAAAAAAUGAAGCUCUACAAAAUUGUUCAUUAGUAUUCAUAAUUCUAAAGAUUAGGAAUAAUCCACAAUAUGUUAAAUUUACAAAAAAUGGAGGCCCUUAUUUCGAAUUCACUCUAAUGAAUUACAUGGGAAAAUAUAAUAAGAGUAGAAAAGCUAUAGAUCUAUAAUUAUUGAAUUAAACUUGA